AUGUGGGCAUCGCUGUCUUCUCGUUUUCCCAAGCCGCGUGGCCCAAAGGUGGCACACAGGAGCGCCACGUUUGAGGUAGAGGCCCUGGGGGAGUGGCGGACGUCCACGUUGAAUUCGUUCGGGGCAGGAUCAGGGGCAAAUUUAUGUGUUAGCAGCAAUGAAUCAUUAAAGGCUGACUGCUUAUCCAAGAACGCAGCCGUAUCUGCGAAACUUCGCGAAUCAGGGCCAUUGACAAGGACAGCCUCUGGCUACAAUUUUGGUGAUGUUGUGAUGAUACUGGACAACAGAAUUGUGUCUGUGAGUGCGCUGUCCAUGGGCUACGAGAUAUUGUACCAGUCGUCCAGAUUGCGCUCUUGUCAGGUCUUCUUUGGGGUUUCCAACCAGCAGGACCCUGCCGAUGCAUUUGUGAUCAUGGACAUGCUCGGGAGGGCUCAGCCCGAUCUCGUUAUAGAGUUGGGCACAGCAGGUGGCGGCAGUGCGUUCUUCUAUGCUCGUAUCAUGCGCGAGUAUAACCCCAGCGCCAGGAUUCUCAUUCGAGAGACCCAGCAAGCGGACCUGGAGUAG